AUGGUACAGACGACCAAACUCGGUGGCUCUGCGAAAGACAUUGUCGUCGCCAAAGUUGGCACUGGUCUUAUGAGGAUCACUGCGACUGACACGUCUGUUUCCGACGAACAAGCCUUUGAAGCGAUCAAGGCGUCCAUCGACAUAGUUCCUGCUGGGGCCAAGAUGCUUUUGAACAGCGCUCAGUUCUACGCGAACGAUCUCGGAACCGCGAAUCUCGAGCUUUUGGCUCGCUUCUUCGACAAAUACCCGGGCUACGCCGAGAAGGUCUUUCUCAGCGUGAAGGGAGGCAUGAAGCCUAACUCCUUCGACACCGACCCUUCGCCUGAGGGUCUUCGUACCUCCGUCGAGCUCUGCGUCAAAGCUCUACGUGGCACUAAGAAGAUCGAUCUGUUCGAAAACGCGCGGGUCUCCCGCACAACACCUAUUCCCGAGCAGAUGAAGGCGCUCAAGGGCCUCAUCUCGGAGGGCCUUUUCGACCAUAUCGGCCUGUCGGAAUGUAGCGCCGCGACGAUUCGGGAGGCAUAUGAACAUGCGCCGAUUGCUGCUGUCGAGAUCGAGGUUAGUCCUUGGGCUUACGAAGAGGAGACAAAGAAGGUCAUUGCUACUUGUGCUGAGCUGGACAUCGCCGUUGUCGCGUACUCGCCUCUCGGUUUCGGAUUCCUGACCGGCGAGCUGAAGCUCACGGACAAAGAUAACCGUGGGCAUCUCACGCGUCUUCAGGGCGAGCAUUUGGACAACAAUCUCAAACUGGUCGAAGCCCUCAAGGCUGUCGCUGCAAAGAAGGGGAUAACCGCCGCUCAGCUCUGCCUGGCGUGGGUCGCCGCCCUCGGCGAACAUGUCAUCCCUCUUCCCGGUUCUUCCAAAGCCUCUCGCGUCAUCGAUAACAUCCAGACCAGCGACAUCAAGCUCACUAGCGAUGAACUCGCCGCAAUCGAUCGUGUCCUUGUCGAGUACCCUGUUUCGGGCGCUCGGUACUGGGCUGGGCAUAACGAGAAGCUUCAGCUUUGGGGUUGA